GUUAUGGAUCUGUUAAGUGAAGGUGCUGUUGGAACUGUGAUGGGAGAGAUGCUGGAAGCGGCUCUUGAAGCCAUACAAAAGGGUCGAGAGUUCAGACCCACCCUUGAAAGCAACAUAGAAACGUUGAACUCUUUGACUCCACUUCUGGAAGAGAUGAAACGUUACAGCAAGGAGUUGGAUCACCCCAUAGAAGAGAUAGAAAAGCUUGAAACUGAAAUACGAGCUGGUGAAGAGCUUGUUCAGAAGUGUUCCAAAUUGAGUCGCUGGAGAUUUCUUUCUUUCCCCCAUAACCAGAGUAAGCUUAAGGCCAAGGAUGAGUCCCUGAAGAGGUGUUUUUCUUUUAACGUGCAAGCUGAGAAUACAAGGAACUUGAUGGAGAUCCUGACCAAGGUGGGAAAGAUUCUCGAGAUUCUGCUAAGUAAAGAGAAUUUCGAGGAAUAUCAGAUAAAGGGGCUAAGCGGGGCCCCUGAAGAACCACAAUGUAUUGGAAUGGAUGAGCCUUUGAACAAGUUGAAGAUUGAGCUGCUCAAGGAUGGCGAAUCGGUCCUUUUGUUAACUGGUUUGGGUGGAUCAGGCAAAAGCACACUGGCUAAAAAGCUCUGUUGGGAUCCACAAAUCAAAGGCAAGUUUGGGGAGAAUAUUUUCUUUGUCACCGUCUCAGAAACGCCAAACUUGAAGACCAUAGUACAGACAUUAUUUGAACACUGUGGAUGUCGAGUGCCUCAGUUUCAAAGCGAUGAGGAUGCAAUUAACCGAUUGGGACUUCUGCUGAGGCUUGUUGCAAAAAAUCCAACAUUGCUGGUCUUGGAUGAUGUUUCCUCAGAAACCCUUGUUGACAAGUUUAUAUUCCAGUUGUCAGAUUAUAAGAUUUUGGUGACUUCAAGGUUUGCAUUUCAAAGAUUUGGCACCCCAUGCCAGUUGGAUCCACUUCGUCAUGAUCAUGCAGUAUCCCUUUUCCAUCAUUUUGUUCAACGGAAAGGCCACAGCUCAUACAUGCCUGAUGAAAAUCUUGUCAAUGAGAUAGUGAGAGGUUGUAAAGGUUCACCAUUGGCGGUUGAAGUCAUUGCUGGAUCACUCUGUCAGCAGCCUUUUGAGGUCUGGAAAGAUAUGAAGGAACGUUUACAAAAUCAAUCCAUUCUGGAGUCUGGUAGUACUGACUUAUAUUAUCGCCUUCAACAAAGUUUAGAUACAUUGAAGGAUAAGUUCUCCAUCAACGAGAAAGAGUGCUUCAUGGAUCUUGGGCUAUUUCCUGAAGAUCAAAGAAUUCCUGUUACAGCCCUUAUUGAUAUGUGGACAGAACUGCAUAACCUAGAUGAAGAUGGUAGGAAUGCAAUGACCAUUGUCCAUGAUUUAUCCACAAGGAAUUUGAUUAAGGUUAUAGUUACAAGGAAAGUUGCAAAGGACGAAGACAUGUACUACAAUAACCACUUUGUCAUGCUGCAUGAUCUCCUCAGAGAGCUAGCGAUCCAUCUAAACAAAAGGGAACCAUUUGAACAGAGAAAGAGGCUAAUUAUUGACUUAAAUGGAGAUAAUCGUCCUAAAUGGUGGGUGGGACAGAAUCAGCAAGGAAUCAUUGGCAGUAUGUUUUCAUUCAUGUCAAGAAUUGGCAGCAUGUUUUCAUUCAUGUCAAGAAUUGGCAGCAUGUUUUCAUUCAUGUCAAGAAUUGGCAGUAUGUUUUCAUUCAUGUCAAGAAUGUUAAGAAAACAGAAACAGCUAAAGGUUGCUGCCCGCAUAUUGUCUAUAUCAACUGAUGAAACUUUUAAUUCGGAUUGGUGUGACAUGCAACCAGAUGAAGCAGAAGUUCAAGUUUUAAAUAUUAGCUCUAGACAGUACACCUUACCUGAGUUCACAGAUAAAAUGAGUAAACUUAAAGUUCUGAUAGUCACAAAUUAUGGUUUCCAUCCUACAGAAUUGAACAAGUUUGAGCUACUUGGUUUUUUAUCUAACUUGAAAAGAAUCAGAUUGGAGAAGGUUUCAGUUCCUUGCCUGUGCAUAUUGAAGAAUCUGCGAAAAUUGUCCCUUCGUAUGUGUAAGACAAAGCAGGCUUUUGAAAGCUAUUCUAUCCAAAUUUCAAAUGCUAUGCCAAAUCUAGUAGAGAUGAGCAUUGAUUAUUGUAAUGAUCUAGUUAAAUUGCCUGAUGGGCUUUGUAACAUUAAGCCAUUGAAGAAGCUUAGUAUCACUAAUUGUCACAAGCUUUCUGCACUGCCACAAGAAAUUGCAAAGCUUGAGAAUUUGGAAGUGCUAAGGCUUUGUUCCUGCUCUGAUUUGGUAGAGAUGCCAGACUCUGUUGGAGGGCUUAAUAAGCUGUGCUGUUUUGACAUCUCAGACUGUGUAAGUCUUAGCAAAUUACCAGAUGACAUAGGUGACUUGCAAAAGCUUGAGAAGCUCUACAUGAAGGGUUGCUCAAAACUGAGUGAAUUGCCAGACUCCAUCAUCAAUUUUGGACAUUUCAAGCAUAAAAUACUCGUGAUCUGUGACGAAGAAAGGGCUGCCUUAUGGAAACAAUUCCCCAGCAUUCCCAAUUUAAUCAUUGAGAUGCCUGAAGUAGGUACUAGCUUAGAUUGGCUUCCUGGAGUUUAUAGCUAAGACUUGUUUCCUGAAGGAGAUAAAGUGGCUUGGAAUCUGAUGGGGCUAUGACGAGUGGGCCCAGAGUUAGUUAGAGGAGAAAGAAAUUGUCUAACAAAUUGGUGAAGGGUGGAAUAUAUAGUGCUUAGGAAUGUGGGCUGUUUUCAUAUGGAGAAUUUCAUGUAAACAGUGGGGUAUGGGAAUUGGGAGGAGUGGUCCUCUAGGUAAGGCUAUUCCAGCCAUUAGUGUCUUUUGUUCCUGUGUUUUGCAUUACUGUAAGGCUGAUCUCAGCCAUUAGUGACAUUUUAAUUCUGUAC